AUGAGCUCCUGGAUGAACGACGCUGCCGUCCAAAAUCACAAUGGCGCAGGCUUCAAUCACCUUGACGAAUCGAAUACUGUUGGAGGAAACAUGAUGGACCCAUCGGGUUUUAUGUCCACUUCCUCAUCCUUUGAUCCCAAUCAAUUUCAGAAUCAACAAUUACAACAAAGAAUGCAAAAUGGUGGAAUGCGCAAUGGGUCGCCGGCCUUCAAUAACCCCGUGUAUCAGACCAAUCCUGUGGUUCCAUCAAAGAGACCAAGGCCGAGGGAAGAUAGUCUAGGUACAUCACCGAGGCAAUCUUCUGGCAUGUUACCUAACUCUCGCUCGCAAACUCCGCAACAAGGUGCUUAUCCUGGGUUUCAAUCUAAUAAUGUCCCUCCGCAACAUGCGCCUCAGCAAACUCCAUAUUCGCAUCUGCAAAAUGGAUCGAGCAAUGCUAGUCCGUCUCCUAUCAUGGCUAACCAGCUACGUCCUGGCGGCGUACCACAGCGAGUCUCUACAGUUUCUCCUCAUCCAUUCUCGCCGUCACAAUCCGACCAUGGCAGCCGAGUCGAUACACCGCAAAGUAGUACAUUUGCUCAGAAUCCUCCGUAUGCACCUGCAUACAGUCAAAAUUUUACACCCCCACCUGGACGAACCUCGGUACCACCGCAAAGCGCAAUGUCAAUGCCACAAAUGCCACCUACGAUGUCACAGCCUCAGAUGUACAAUCAACAGGCCCAACCCCCGAACCAUCAGUCGCAACAAAGGAACUCUUCUUUGGACCAAACUAGGCAAAUGUAUCAGAUGCGACUACAACAAUCACUCCAGCAGCAGCAACAGCAGCAGCAACAGCAGCAACAGCAGCAGCAACAUCAACAGAGUAAUAUACAUGCUGCGCAACGACAGAACAUUCCACCUAGUGUGAAUCCAUUGUCUCAAAGUCAAGUGAUGCAAGCACCGAACGGCCAAUUUGCCGGCAUGCGACCUCAACAAGCUUCUGUAGCACAAAAUCAAAAUCAGAACAGUUUUCUCAAAAGUUUGGCUGCUUUCAUGCAGUCAAAGGGUCUUCCUUUAGAGUCAAAUCCAUUUGUGGGUGAUCGACAUAUUAGUAUUUUUAUGUUAUAUAUGGCAGUGACCAAAUAUGGAGGCUACAGGAAUGUCACGGCACAAAAUGCAUGGCAACAGAUCUCACAAGCCAUUCAAGUACAUCCAUUGAGACACCCAAACGUCCCUCCGCAACUUAAAGCUCUAUAUGAGAGAAACCUCCUUGCAUUUGAGGAGGCUUUCCAUUUAAAUAUGCAACGGCAGAGAGCAGCAGCAAUGAAGCAGGGCGGUAACAUCGGCGUACCUCAAAUGUCACCCAUCAAACAAAUGUCCCCUUCGAAUUCUAUGCAAGCGUCACAUUAUAUGCAACAACAGAUGGCCCAGCAACAGCAUCUUCAGCAGCAACAACAAACUACUCCUAUGAAGCAAAUGACCCCUUUACAUCAUCCUCAACAGCCUGUCAUGAAUGGUUUCUCAACACCGCAAGCUCCACAAGCACAUCCCUUAGGGCCUCAGGGUCAUGCUCGAAACAGUCUCUCGAGGAGUGUUGAGGCUACCCCGCCGCAAAAUGGCAGCGCAUACCCAAUACCGUCUCCAGCCUCGGUACCCAAGGCUGGUAGUAUAUCGUUAGCAUCACCUCCUAAUAAUAUGGUCCCAACAUUAGAUGGGCACAGCGAAGACGAGCUCAUGAACGUGGUCCUCCCGCCAAAGCUGUUAGUUACUUCGCGUAUCCCUGAUACUCACGGCGGUCUCGUUCUACCGGCUCUUCACAAAUUGGGCGACCAAUUGUUAAAGUGGAAGCCAGAUUUUCCAACAAUGGUCGAGAUUGGUACCAUUGACGUGCAUGCUUUAACUAUGAGUCUGCAAUCUGGACUAUAUGCCGAAGUACGAUUGGCUUUAGAUACUCUGUUCCUAUUGUCCUCGGAACAGCGCUUGCCGCUAGAAUUGAAGUCAUGCGACGAUCUGGUCGAGACACUUAUUGAUUGCGCCGAGGAUCAAGUUGAGUUGUUAGCUGAGAACGCGGCGGAAGUGUCGGACAUGAUGCUUAUAAUUUCAUAUGAAGACGUUGUCCGCGCUUGCCAGGCCGAGCAAAGUACUCUACAAGAUAUUCCACCUUUUGGGUCAGAGGAGUACAAGGUAGAUCGAGCUGUUGAGAAGUUGAUUUGCAUAACCAGUAUCAUGCGAAAUCUCUCAUUCUAUGAACCAAACGUAUUGUUCCUUGCAGAAGAAUUUGUUAUCAAAUUUCUAUGUGUGGUCAUAAGGUAUCUGGGAACUCGAAAUAUGCUACUAAGGACGAAUCAGAACACAUUAGAGUUUAUGAAAGAUGGUGUUGUUUUGCUAUCAAAUCUGGCACACGAGAUCAAGUUACCUGGCCGCGAACAAGCAUUGUGUCUAUUGCACUUCCUCUUAGCGUUCGCGCCCUGCCCGCCUCCAAACGUAAUGGGAUCCGAUCGAAUUACAUUUCCGCCGUACGAUCCAACUAUCCAUUAUUAUAUCUAUCCUGCUAUUGAUAGUCUUGCCAAGCUUCUUGCGCGGGAUGAACCAAACCGAACGCAUUACAAAACGAUUUUUGCCUCUGACGUUUCUUCGUCUCCACCUUUCGAUCUUCUGACAAGGACAUUCGCUCUUUCUAUCUCUGCAAUACCUGAUCAACAAAGGGACACCAAACGGGGAACUUUUCUACCGCUGGUGGAGGCACGAAAGGCGAUGUUGAUGCAAGGAAUACUAGCUGCGGAACUGCUGGCAACCCUUGCACCGGGGUACGACAGCGGCAUUGCAAAGGCUUGGUUGACUUCAGAGGAUGGAUUUGCAAAUAAUCUUUCACACCUUGUAUUAACAUUAUGCUACGAAGCUCCACAGGGGCCGUCGCACGGCAGAGUGUCCGCCGUACCCAAAACGACUGAGGAAGAAGCAAUGUUACAUAUCGUUCUUGGUGGCAUUGGAAUACUACGCCGCCUGGCUGAGAAAUCACGAGACCCCGAAGACCCGACCUCUAUGAUACCCAUACCUGGAAUGCCAACGACGGAACGAUUAAUAAAACUACAUGAACGCAAGCAGCCCAGGCUAAAAGAGGCGUUGCGACAAUUGUGCGCUUUUACAAGUCUUGGCUAA